AUGGUCACGGUUGACUACAUGAGCAAUUUUUGGGAAGUAGACAGGUUGGACAGCCUCACUUCUCAAAGCAUCAUCCAGAAACUGAAACCGCAUUUUGCACGGUAUGGCAUACCGGAUACAGUAAUGUCGGACAAUGGGCCCCAGUUUGUUUCAGGAGAGUUUAGUCGUUUCAGCCAGAACUGGGGUUUUGAUCAUGUUACUUCGAGCCCGGGAUACCCACAAUCGAACGGAAAGGUGGACAAUGCAGUAAAAACUACUAAGCGUCUGAUGGCGAAAGCCAGGCAGUCAGGGGGCGAUCCGUGGCUUGCUUUCCUCGAGUUCCGAAAUACUCCCAGCCAAGGGUUCGCGACCAGUCCGGCACAACGUCUCAUGAACCGGCGCACUAAAACCCUGUUGCCUAUGUCGGAAUCUCUACUCGUCCCCCAUGAAUGUCCGGACGAAUCGGCCCAGCGAGCACACCACAAAGCUCAAGUUGUCUUUGAAAUAUUGGAGAGAAGCUAA